GGUUACCGGGGAAAUACAAAAUGGCGGAAAAUAACACAUAGCUUUCAUAAACAAACAUUUGCCUUGUUAGAGUGCGUGUGAUUUAUUUUAAAGCAUGGCUGCUAAACAAGUACAAGCUUACUUAGAGAGGCAUCACAUUGGAGCGUUAUUUGAGGUAACGAUUUUAAGAUCGUAAAUAAAAACCCACUGUUUGUUUGGUGGGAGUUUCAUUCGAAACAAUAUUAAGCUUAAGUGCUUAUCAUGUUCACGACGCUUACCGUCACGCUGUUCCUUUUACUGUUUACGUUUAUUGUUAUGACAUAAUUUAAAUUAUGCAACUAGAAUACCUUCAAGUUUAAACAUUUUGCCGUGUUUGUCGUACAAAGAGCCUUACACGUCGUAUUUUCACCUUACUGGCAUGGGGAUCACUGCUAAAAUAUAUUCAGUUUCCUUCUUUCUUUCUUUCUUUCUUUCGUUUUUUUUUAAUUACACAAACAUAUUGGAAAGCAUCUUGCACCAAACAACUUUGGUUUUUGUUGCAGUGUUGUCAUCGUUGUUGUACAUUAAUAUUUUGUGAAAAGUAAAGUUAAUACCAAUUCUUUGUCAAUGUUAGGCUCAAUAACAACAAUAACAAUGAUAAUGAUGAUGAUAAUAGUGAUGAUGCUGAUGAUGACAAUGACGAUGAUGAUAAUAAUAAUAAAGAUUUAUUAAAGAAAAUCAUAACAAUGAUAAUAAUAUUAUCAUGAUAAUGAUAAUAAUAAUAAUGAUACUGAUAGUAAUAAUAGUGUAAUGCACUUAUCAGUGUUAUUCUGGGAGGGUUGAUCCAGGGAACUCCUGGGCAUUUGCACAAUGACGUUUGCAAACCCCAGAGUGUGAUAUUAUAAUAUAAUGACAGCCUCUGCUGAAGUUAAUGUCGUGUGCUACACACCAAACUACAAAUGUGUAUUUCCGCAGUUCACAUCAUCUUCACUCUUUUAUUUCUAUGUUUCAUUCCUGUCAUGGGUUAAGAUGAACGCAACAAAUUGGCCUGCUCCAAAUGUUUGGGUCUUCAUAGCUCAGUUAGGAGAGCACUGUAGCGCUAAUGUAGAGGCCAUGGGCUAGACCCUGUUGAAGUCCUGAAAUUUUUUGGGGUGACUGUAUUUCCUCAAAUAAUAGCCAGUGUUGAUUAUUUCUUUUUUCACACCAGAAAGGGGCAAUAAUUUGAGGGAGGCCAUUAUUUCGAAUAUAGCUCACUAGAAGUAGAGCCCUAAAUAUUUUGUUCUAUUUUCCCAUAAAAUAAAAAAAGUAAUCACGUGAAAUAAACUGAACAUUGGCAUUUUAAGUGUUCCCAAUUUGGUUCCUUGAUUAAUUUUCAAUGUCAAUGUCCUCAGCAUCAGAGCUUGAAUCAUCACUGAUCAGUUUUGCUGAAUGAGACUCCACUUUAGGUUCAUCCUCCAAGUUUAACACUAUGGGUAUCCUUUGCGGGUAACCUAUGGGAGUUGGGGGGGGAUUAUUCGAGGGAGGUGAUUAAUCGAGUGGUGGCUGUUAUUUGUACGAGGAAAUUUGGUAAUUUGCAAUAUAUUGCUUAAAUUGCAAUUACCACUGCGACAAUCACAUCUUCAUUUAAACCAAACUAAAACUGUUGUUAAGUUUGGUCCAGUACAGGGGUGUUGUUGUACUGUGUUUCAACUGGACCUAAAUGAUACUGAAAGAAACUUAUUGAAUUUUUUUCAGGAUCUGAUGGCAAAAAUCAUCAAAGAUACACCUGAAGAACCAGUUCCUUUUCUUAUCAAAGUCUUAAAAAAGAUGUAUGCUGAAGGGAGUUCUAAGGUACAGUUGUUUUUAUUUGUUUCUUUCAAUUUGCUCUCAAUAAAUUAUAGUAUUUUGCAGAUGUUAGAUGACAUGCUUUUAUUACUCAACUCUUGAUACACAAUGCUAUUAUUUACUGUGGUAUUUUUACAUUAAGACAUCAUUUAUCUGUUGAUUAUGCAGGAUCCUGGGUCAUCUCUCCCACCAUCAGGAUCAAAGGCAACAUUUACAAGAUCAAUGGGCCUUAUGGGAACAUCAGUGGGGAGGCAUUCAUUUGAUGAAGGUAGAAAUGCAUUAGCCAAAUCCUGGGCGGGGCCGGAUAUCCGUACUGAGGGAUCAAAAUACCGACCUAGCAGUGCCUCCAAAGCUGGUCGAGAUUACCCGCGACCCUGGCUGAGUGGUUCGAGCAAGUCUGGAAAGGGUGGUGGAGCUGUGGACAAGGACAACAUGCGACCACUUAGAACAGGUAUACUGACAGGACUGAUGUUAAUGUUUAGAUGUCCGAAAUCCUGUGGUUAUUCCUAAAUAUUGGGCCUACAGUAUAUAGCUCAUUUUGUUUCGAUACAGUUUUUCGUAGACCACUUUUAAGGUCACCGUGAUUGAAAAACAUUGGUAUGGUCUCCAAAAAACUGUACUGAAACACCUUAAAUAGGGAUCUUAUAUUUAAACAGUAAGAUUAAUGUUGGCUUCUUUGAUUGUAGUGGGCAACAACGAACGACCUCCGUGGAAUAGCAAAACAGCUGUUCCUUCACAUGACUUUGAUGAGUGGUUCAAUAUGCAGCACAGGCCAACCGGGACUGCUGAUGAGGGUACCCUGGGUUACCAAGGGAGUAAGUAACCUACAUUGAACUUAACUAUAUAAUGAAUAAAUUUAAAGCAUGAAUAUAAAUAGGUUUGUACUGUGGCUAGGAUACUUCUAACAUGUUUUCCAGUGAGUUUUCGUUGAGUUCCAGUUUGUUUCCACUUCUAAAUCAUACUCUAAAUAAAAUAUUAUCUUUCUUUAGUAUAGCCUGAGAGAAGAGCUGACAUUUGGCGACGCUACCACUGGCUUACCCCGCCAAAUAAUGUCUGAGAAACGAGCAGUAGAAAUUCCACACUGAUGAUGCAUCACUAUCCAGAUCUGGGUAGUCCUUCUGAUGAAUCAAAUUUCCCAUGUGGCACGACCAAUCAGAAGCACUACCCAGAUCUGGGUAGUGACGCAUCAUCAGUAUGGAAUUUCUGCAGUUGUUUCUCCAAUGUCAUUUGGCGGGGAAACCAAUGGUAGCGUCACCAAAUGUUGGCUAUUUUCCCAGGCUAUUAUUUAGUACUGAAAAAGAAAAAAUGCUUAAUGAUGACAGUAUCUUAAAAAACUGACUGACAGUUGAUAUAAGUGAGAGGUAAAUUAAUUACCUCUUACUUUUGUUUUAGUUGGUCUUGCUAAUUAAUGUUGUGCAAUUGUAAGCUGAUAUUUAAACUGUAUUUUCCUUUCAGCUUCUUCAUGGGGACAAAAUGGUGAAAUGGUGAGAUCAACAUCAUGGUUAAUAUCGAAAUUAAAGCAUAGCUCAUUUCUUGUACAGCCAUUGCACCUGUCAUAAAAAGAAAUAUUCAGCUGCACUUUGCAACCUUACUCUAGACUUAACCACCAAAAUUCUCCAAGCUUUCCCAGGCUAAUAAUAAAAUUAUUAACCCAAAACACCCCCUUAAACGUGUAACCCAAGAGUGAUCAACAACAAAUUUCUUCUAAUAGAAAAGAUUAUGAAAAUUAAUAAAACGAUCACGUAAGGUUUAAUGCUGUGAUCUUUUAUUAAAUUCUCUUAAGUAAUUCUUUGAGGAAAUGUGUGGAGAAAUUCUAUGAAUAAGAUGUUGGUCUAAUAUGUGUCUUUCAAAAUUCAGGCCUUCUAAUUUUAGCUAUUUUUCUCAUACUCUUUCAAUUUCUGGUAUUGUUUAAGUGGUGUCCAAUACUUUUUGCUUAAGGAACAGGUGUAUUGUGAAUAGUGUUCCUGUUGUAGGUAAAACUGAUCUCAGGUUGAAUUAGCAUUUAACUUAGUUUGAUUCAGAAUUCCCUUUGUUUCCUGGCCCUAAUUAUUCAUAGGAGACAAAAUAAGAAAACUCCGGUUUGUUACCUGACAACAGAUUUUAUCUGCAACAUUUCCCCUUUCACUUAUUAUCUUACAGGAAAUGCCAGCAGAAAGAACAGUGAUCUACAACAGACGAACAACACUAACAGGCCCUGAGAGUUAUGCUGAUGAUGAUCUUGAUGAAGAGCUUUACGUGGGGAGAGAUGAUAGAAUCAAGGAUGAUAGGAACACACCAUCAGUGAUAUCACAUGAGUAUGUUUAUAUUUUGCUUUAUGUUACCUCUGUGAGAUAUUAUACUCACCUCUCUCCUCCCCUCCAUUUAAAGUUGUUCCCCCACAUUUUGAGCAUGGUCAAUAAUUUAUUGUAUUGCUAGCAACUUUGAUAUAAAGGGAAGGAGGGGACCACAAGCAGGUCAGUAAAGCCAAAAAAAAAGUACGGUGUCUCAAGUUUUUUUGUAGCUGGUUGUAGCUUUCGGUUCGUUAAGCCUGCCCUGCCUGUACUAAGGGCUGUUGUUAAGCGGGGGAAUUUCCCUGGCUACCAUUGAAGGCUACCACUGGCAACUUUCAAAAAAGUUCACUAAAAAUAGAACCAAAGAAAUUUUCAGUGCUGUUUGAUUUCUUGCCUACUUGUUGUGUUUACCCUGCAACUUAAAUUCUUAGUGACAGUCUUCUCUCUCUGUGCUUUAAAUUCAAACUUGAAUGCAGUGGUCAAAACUUGACUUACUGAGUGUACACAUUGAAGAUCCACCUUGACUAGGGGUCAUGGGGUGCUCAUUUGAUGAGCCUGAUGCCCUCAAAUUUUUAGCCUCAGGGGAAAUAAGAUCAAAGUUAAUAUUUUGUUUGCACGAAACUUUUGGACAAACAGCACCACGGGCUGGGAUAUUUACAUCUCAGUCACCCUUUUUUCCAAUAGUGAUAGAGAGGAGGCUUAAUGAAGCACCAUCUUUUUUAUGGUGGUGGGGUGGAGGGUGGCAGAGGUGAGCAGUGCACACCACCAUUCUAUGGGUUAGUACAUCCUGGCUGUGCACAAGGUUUUUGAACAUUCUUAGCCUGCAUAGCAUGGCAGUUUUGGUUGAGUAUGCAAAGUAAUAAAGGUGGGUGAGGGCAUAGAAGCCUCAAGGCUUUGCUGCUCGUUUGCACGCACUUUGCGUGCAUUUUGCAGCUACGCGCUCAGUAGUGCUCCCAACAAAACUGCCAUGCUAUGCAGGCUAGAACAUUCUCUUGGCACUCACAGGAAAAUGUGGAGUGAUCACUUGCCUUACCUUGUUGCCUUAUUUCAUAAUUUAAUACUUGCUUUAUAUGGUAGGUCCAGUAGAUCACGGAAACAAAAGGCCCGACAUGCUGCCGAGGAGCAUCGCCGACAACUACAGGCUCUUCUUCAAAAUAAGAAUCCAGGGAGGCGUGAUCAUGGGAUGAAUUUUGAUGACCUACAUGAUGAUGGCACUGAAUUGUUAGGUAUGGAUCAAAAAUACACUUUCUUCUGACAUUAUCUUGCACUGAAAAACAGUGACAUUUUUAAAAAUAUAUGAACUAGGAAACUUUCUGCUGUACAGUACAUGUAGGUGGACACAUGCUAUAAGAGGACACAACCCAUUAUCUCCAUAAAAAUUCUUCAAACUGAUCUCUGAAUUAGUUGAGAGAAUUUGGUAAAAGAUCGAAGCAUUUUCCCCUUAGUGACCAUUUUAUAAGUUCUCAUAACCUGUUGAUGAUGUAUUGAUACUCUUAGGAUAAUUUAGCUGACUCCUCUUUUAAGCGGACAAGUUUGUUUGCUUGUUGGGUAGUUUGACAAAAGUGUUAAAUUUUUGGAAAAUCAUCAUUGAGUGGUAUUAAGCUUUUUUUCUAUUCUCUAGAAAAUGUGGAUGAGUUAGAAGAUGAAGGUGUGUCCAGCAUGAGUAGCACUGGAACAAAGUUAUCCAAGGUAGUUUUUGUUUGGUUUUUGCUCAAAGUCUUUCCUAUGCUUUGUGAUAAGCUGAAACAAUCUUCUGCUUUGUUCUCCACCAUUAAGAAGUCUUCCUGUACUCUGUCUAAGACCCAGUAGCAAUGACUAAACCAAGAGCAGAGACUUCUUGUAGCUAUAAUAUUAAUGUUGAUGUUUAGAAGCGGGGUCAACUACCCUUGCUAAAUUGAUGUGAACUUCUUUGGCUUCUUUGAGCAUAAGGAGCAAAACAAAAGAAAUAUCUUCUGCUUUACUACUCGUUAAGAGAAUGAAAAUCAAGCACGAUGGUAAUCUUAAGCAACUUAUGAAAUGUUGAGGAGCGACCAGCAAUUACAAGUCCUGUUCAAAAUUUUUGUUUGAGCUCUUGUAAGCCAUGCUAGGGCAAGAAGAGUUUUUGACCUUAUUCAGUGACAUUUUCUAUACCGUCUUUGUGCAAAACCUGUCACUUUUCCUUGUUUUAUCGCUGUCAUUAUUCUAGGCUCAGUUAUUUUGACUCCUUUGUUUUCCUUGGUUUACCUCAUUCGUGGAUUUGGAAUCUGCUGCAGUCAUUAUUUCAAGAACCUGGAUAAUAUUAUGAAAAAUCAUGAUUAACCUGGGUACCAGAGCUUUUUUCUCGCGUGCGGCUGAAUGCAUCUUUAUUGCUUAAAAACAUUAAUUUCAAAACUUUGGCAAAACUUGCAAAAAGCACUGUGAAUUUUAACUUUGCAAAAAGAUACUUUGAAAAUUUAGCCGAUAUUCAAAAGACGUGACCGAAACCUGAAACCGCGCAUGAAAAGUCUCUGGCACCCAGUUAGUGCCUGUUUUGUAGGAUGUAAGAACAUGUUUGCUGUGCUUUCUUUUCUGCCCCAAAUAAUAUUGUCUCGUUGUCUUUUCAUCAACCGCCUGCAGUCUAUGAAACAAGGAAUGGCCACAUCAGAAUCUAUACGAGUCAGUAUAUGCGCAAGAUGUGCCAGGUAAGUGGAACAAGAAAUUUAAUUGUACUCCCAGGGCCCAGUUGUUCGAAGGCCGAUUAGCGCUUAACCCGGGGUUAAAUUUAACCCAGGUUUCUUUUUCUUAUAUUUAAAAGCUUUUUCUCGGAUAAUUUUCUCUGUUGUUUUUAGAGCUUCCAAUCAUCAACUUGUAGACGAAAAGAAUUAAAACUGAAAUGCUUUUUAAGCUUUCAAAUCUGAAUUCAAAUCUCGCACUAACCCUGGGUUAUCUUAACCCAGCUUUGAACAACUCGGCCCAGGACUUUACUACCCUGCGUGGCAGGAGCACGCCGCGGCAAGAGAGGAGGCCUCUUCGUCUCUCCUCUUGCGCCAUUGUCCUCCUCCCUCGCGGUCAGCUCCCCCCCUCUUACUUACAACCUCAACCUCCCGUUUGAUGUUUUUGGUAUUCUUGCAUUUCUUAUGUUCAGUUUAAGUCAGAAAUUCAGGUACCAUAAAUAAGCCCUCCCUUUUCUGGGGAAGAAAGGUAAUACCCCCCCCCCCCCUCUCUCUUUUAAUAGGUGGAUUUACGGUACUUAGUAUUUGGUCUUUGGAAAGCCCUAAAUGCCAUUUCUGCAAGUUUAUUCUUGCCCAAGCAGCCUCGUUUUCAGGCAAAUAUGCGUUCGAUCAACCUAGUUUCCAAGCUAGUUAUAUCCUCUGUAAAGGGUAUGGGCAACCCAGAUAUCUCUAUAUCCCUCAGAUGCAGUUAUUGAAUAUAAUUUGGCCAACAGUGGUGUGAAGCAAGACUCUUACCUAAAACUUCUUGGUGUUACAAGAAACUAGGUUAAAAUCCAACCUUGGCCCUCCGUGCCUCUUGUUUAAGGUUACCAUGGUUUGGAUUUCAGUUCUAUUUUUGGAAUCACCAUUCAGAAGCGUGUAGAAACUAUACGAUACAAGCGCCGAUUAUGCCAUUUUUUUUCUUGUAGAAUUAUCAGUGGCCAACCAAGUGAUCGAAAGUCGGAAGGUAAGAAUUUUGACCUUUUGACGGCUACAUUAGAAAGUAUAUCAUCCUGAAGGCUGUUUGUAUUUGAAUCUUUAAUUUCUUCUAUUUCAGUUGGCAGUGUUUAUUCUGGAAGUGAAGGUAAGAACACUUCAUUUAAGGUUUUCAAAGCUGUUAUUGCUGUUGAAAAAGACUGUAAUGGUCUUUCAAUGUAUGUUUGUUAAGUGAUUAUCUAAAUCGCGAAGACAGUCGCAGAAAGAAACUUCUCUGCCAAUAGACUCUGUUAGCAGGAAAAAUGGAAAGGUCUUUACUUUCACGGGUAUUCCUUGGAGAAACUUUGCAUUGAAAUGUUUACAAAGUUUUUGGUUGCAUUUGAGGGAAAAGUAUAAGAAAACGUUGAUAGAUCUUCAUUUAUCUUUUUUGGGGGUCAAUGUAUCCAAUUUAUUUUGUCUUUUCUGUUCAGAUUCUUAAUUCAAACCUUUUUUCGUGUAACAUGGUUUAUUUCAAGCACCUCUUUUUUCUUACGCAUUCUUAUCAGGCUUUACAAAACGGUACUGUUUCAUUUUCUUUGACUUGAUGAAUUUUACAGUUCUUAUUCUUGCGCAUAGCUCUUGUGCCCUUACAAAUUAUUUGCUAUUUUAUUCACGUCCUAGUUGAUGAAAAUCUUGACAGUGUUUCUCAAGUUGGGAGUACGGUAUGACUUUAACAUUGAUUCUGUCACUUUGAUUGAUCAACUUUCUUUGAAUAUUGUGCGAAUUCUACCUCAUACUUAGCCUUUUCCAGGCUCCUGGCUCCGAGACAGUAGUGCAAUCGUUCGGUAAAAAGUGAUGCGAAAAAUGCGUGGGGCUUGGGGAAGGAGCGGACCGCCGCCGCCCCCUUGCUCAAAUCGCGCACGUCUUAUUUUCGCUUGUUAUAUUUUCGCGACUUCCUUAGGAACCUGGCACAGGCUAUAUCAUAGUCUCUCACUCAGGCGUUUCGAGAACGUCAUAUUUUCUCCCUCGUCACUUGUGGGGAGAAAGGAAAUACAACUCUCCUUAGAAUGCCUGCCUGCGGCGGUCACGUCAUGCACUCAUGUGCUCGCAAUUUAUCACAAGAGAAAAUGAGAAAUCAACUUAUUUUUGUAGCAAAUUACGGGCCAAAAUUGGGUUUAUUUUUCUGUUUUGUUUGACUUUUGUUGUUUGUUUGCCAGAGUUUGGGCCGGCUGUAUAGUGUUAAGUUUCCCGCCUUUUGCAUAAGAUUCUUGUUUCUGCCAUUUGCGCUCUGUGCAUGUUUUCUACGUUUUCCUUGCGUAGCACAGCUCUCAUUGUUGAUGUUUCCGGCGUUUUUUACCUAAAACUAGUUUUGUAUUCCCGCGCUUCAGAACUGUUUCAUUUCUUAUGUGCUUGCAGCUUAUACAUGCAUGACUUUCAGCAGAUGUAGACUGUUUUUCCGUCUUCCCGUUCUUUACUUCUAUUGCAUUAUGCCCGUUCCUUGUUUUAUGGCCAUCUUUGGCUACGAUUGGUUGGCUUGUAGUAUGUGUAAUGACACCAUUUUAUGUUUUUUCUUUAGACUGGGCUCAGGAGACCCCCUGUUUGGCCUUCAGGAUUUGAUUCAGAAAGUAAGAGAUCCCAAAGUUUUUACUUUUCGCUGAAGUUUCCCUUGUGUGACCGCAGUAAAGUUUUAACGACCUAAAACAAUAUUGUAUCAAAAUGUUAUGACUGAUAUUCGUUAAGGACUGUUGAUAGCAGAGCUGAAAACCAGUCCAAUUUAACCCUUCAGUAAUAAUCAAAUAAACCGGGAAAAACACUUGUAAGCAUUCGAGCCAUCUUCACACAGUGUUCAUGUAGGUUUUUAAAUAUUUGGCGACAGGUUCAUGUUGACGGAGCUAACAUGGACCAAAGAUUGUGCUCGCGAGAGGUCGUUUGAAGAACAGCUGUAUGCAUAUCAUUCUUACCAAUUUCUCUCGAAGUGUGCGUUUAGUAGCGCCGUCGUAGAUGAUGUCCUCCGGUCAUUUCUUUAUGUUACAAGAUUGAAGUUAGUUCAAAUUUCCUUCAUCCUUAAUUUGUUUAAACCACUGCAUAACUUUCUUCAUAAAAAGGUUGCUAACUGUAACUUAAUCAUAUUGUAGACGUGAGAUGGUUUCUUGAGAAAAAAAAAUCUAAAUAAAAUGUUAUUUUUAAACUGAGCUUUUUAAAAUGUCUUUUUCUUGUUCUGAUCCGCAGGUGAUUCUAGCCCGCGUAAAGGUCAACAUAUGUGGCAGAGUGCAAGUAGAUCGCCAGCGAAAGGCAAGCACAUGUUUAGGUAGGGCUCAAGCGUUUGUUUCAGGGCUCUUUAACUGGCGUGCCGAAGACUGUAAGAAAAUAUGAAAAGCAAUACAGCAGAGAAAGCACAGAUGGCUUGCAAAAACAAAAACAAAAAAAUAAAACAAAGCCAACUGAAACUGCAUUAUCAGGUUGAACAGUAGAUGACUUUGACUGUAUAUAGUCAGCCUAAUUUGGAUCGUUGGUUUGUUAAAUCCCUUUCGAAAGUUUCGUUUUUCUAAGAGAGAAGGACCAAGAUUUCCGUAUUAAAUAUUUGAUGGUCGUACUUACAAUUUGGCAGAAAUUUGCGUUUUUAUAGUUACCGCACUGGCCAUAGAAGAAAACUGGCUGGAAAUUUUUCAACCUGACACUCGAGCGCGGAAAGCACUAAAACGGAAUCUUUAGCUUGUUGCUAGGUUUUUAAUCAUAGCUAGCAGACAGUAUUGAAGAGGAAGAGAUCACGGAUAAGUCACCAUUUUGUUCCGACCAAACAACUGAAAAAGUGCGUUGUGGUCAACUCUCCCUUCACUACUUCGCCAUGCCAACAAACGCGUUGCCUCCCGAUUUUCCCUCCCAUUUUCCUAAGGAAAUGUCCCCGUGGAUGAGUCAGUUCUCAUUAGCCCUCGCAGAAUGUAGAUUUGUUCCGCCUUCAUGGUAAGCUCCAUUUUUACCUCUCUCUCGGGUCCUGUCUUUUUCCCUCCCUAGUAGGGGAGGAGUGCGGGCUAGUUUCCCGAGCUGCUGCUGGUUGUCGGGCCUAAUGGCGGAGAAGUGAAUUGAGAGUUAUAGGUGUGGAUAUGAAACUCGUCAAUUUUUUGUGCUGCUAUUUCAGUCUUCCAUUUUGCUUUUCCAGAGGGGGAUCCUUUACAGAUGACCGUCCGGAUAGUUCCAGGCCCCAAACGGCAUCUUCGAGCCGGAGUGACUUGGUGUACUCAGGACGGCAACAGAAAUCGUGGAAGUUCGAUGGAUACUCAUCAGACAAUGACGUAAUGCCUUAUGUUCAUUUUAAGGCUGUGUUUACACUAUUCCGGACAGUGGGUUCCAUUCACAGUGGGUUCCAUUCCAUUCAGUGGGUUCCAUUCACUUCCGCCACGGUCCGAAUACCCGUUUCACACUACACCAAAGUGUGACACAGAACCUUGCCGAUAUGUGACGCUCCACCAUCGAGAUCGGCGCGGCGCAGAUUCGCUCCUUUACAGGAAUCGCGUCGAAAUCAUUGUUCUCAUGUAUGAACAGAAUCCCUAUUCAGUAAAAGAUUUUCGUGCCGGCGCAACAGCUAUCCGGUACGGUGUGAACAUAGCCUUAAAAUAUUCCUCCAUGUUUAAUUUAUAACAGGUGUCGAUAAUUAUUCAGUGAAAUAGUAGUCCAAAACAGUCCGAGAACGUGAACACAAUCGCAAGUUGAAAUUUCAAUUCUGGGCCCUCGGACACAAAUUUUCGCAGGGCUAGCGUCAUUGAUAAAGUUUUGCAAUUGUGACUUAAGACUUUUAUAUCGGUCUUUGAUGGCUUUCAUGAUCGUGACGUGAUAUUCUAAAAGCGCCGCCGAGACGUAAGCCCGCUCACUCGAAAUGAAACUUGAAGGGAGGGCAAUUAUAAAGGGCCUGUUUACAUGGAGGAGGGGGACCCCAGCUAGGUGAGGUAACCCGCUGAGGUGGGGAAACCCGCUUGUCCAUAUGACCCCUCAUAUGGUGACCCCAACUAUCAUGUAAACGAGAUAAAAUUAAAAUGAGAGCUUAUAUGGACAGACGGUUGCCCCACCUAAGCGGGUUACCUCACGUACCUGGGGUCCCCCACCUCCAUAUAAAUAGGCCCUGAUUCUGCAUGCUGUUGUCUCCUCGUUUCACUUGGUAAGGCUGUCUUGCAUGUGGCAAAUACUAAUGAUUGGUUUAAUUGGAUUGUUUUUGUUUUAAAUCUAGACGGAAGUCAAUUUUGAUCGAGAGGAGACCCCCAAGUUAGGAGAACGUCGGCCGUGGUCUAGGACACCUUUGGAGAGCGGCAGUGAGACGGACUGGGAACCAAGGCUGGGUAAGACGGGUAGUAUUUUGAAUUUGAAAGUUAAAGGAGCUGUGUCAUGCAGAAAGUAUUUAGCAAAAAUCAAACAGUGGAAACAGCCACCAAACUAA